AGAAAUAUUUGCAUGAAAUAUAGCAGGCCUCGUUUACAGACGUGUAUGCUAAUUGCACCCAAUGAUGAAGCCUCAAUUUCGGACAGGGGCGGCGCAUCUUUAGCUUUGCAGCUACGUAAAACAAGCGUCCCCAGCUUAACCGUCACCAGCGUAGACAGCUGCAGUCCUGGAAGAAGUGUUUGACAGCUGGAUCGCAGCAUCAGGACAAACAAGGUGAAACUUUAAAAAUUAAGUUUGCAGUGUUAGUUUUUGAGAGCAAAAAUAGUUAUCACAAACUCUGUGACAAGUGUGCGUUUUAGUGUACCGGAGGAAAGGAAAGGAAAUGGCUGAGCUGCCUGCUGAGCGGAUCUUCACCGGACCAGGGGAAGAGAAGUUGAUAAGGUACCAGGGUGAGGCUGCUCCUCAAAGCUCUGAUGGUGUCAGAAAUGCCCCCCACUCUGCCCAGGGCAGCAAGUUACCCCCCACAGGCAGGCCCCUCACCAGAUUCGCACAUUACCAUUUAUUAGCUAUCCUGGGCGAAGGAACCUACGGCGUGGUUGUAAAGUGCAUCAGGCUGAGUGACAUGAACACUGUAGCCGUGAAAAUAGUGAAAAAUGAGUACUUCAGAAAUGGGCUGGUGAACAUGGAGGUGGCUGCCCUGCAGAAGUUAAAAAUGCAUAACUCUCACAAAUACAACUUGGUUCAGUUUAACCGAGUCCUUACCAAUCGGCAACAUGUAUAUCUCGAGUUUGAGCUUUUGGACAAAAGCCUUUUUGAACUUAUGAAAGAGAGACAUUUCCAGCCACUUGGUCUAAAGUCAAUUAGACCCAUCGUCCAGCAGAUCGCGAGAGCUCUUAAUCAUAUGAAGUCUGUAGGAAUAAUACAUGCAGACCUCAAGUUAGAAAAUGUGAUGCUUGUCAACCAUCAGCAGGAGCCUUAUAGAGUCAAAGUGAUCGACUUUAGCCUGGCCUGCGACGUCUCAUCUGCCAAAGUGGGCUCACGCAUUCAGUCCCGUUCAUACCGGUCCCCGGAGAUUAUUCUGGGGGCUCCGUUUACAGAGGCCAUAGAUGUAUGGUCUCUGGGCUGCAUUGCUGCGAAUCUGUUCCUUGGCUCAUUACUCUACCCUGGCAGCAAUGAAUAUGAGGUGAUGAGGCAUAUAGUGGAGACUCAGGGCCAGCCACCAGGCAAACUGCUAGACUGCGGACUAAGGACUGCCUCUUUUUUUUACCUAGAGUUAGACUUCACCACCAACACGUGGAAACUCAAGACACCUGAACAGUUUGCCAGUGAAUCAGGGACUGUGUUCACUGAGAAAAGGAGGAUAAAGCUGACAUCUCUUGAUGACCUCAAGCAUUACUGGGUCAUCCGUCAUCGGAAAUUUGCAGAUAUAGCUGCAGAAAUGUGCGAUCUGCUGAUGUUUGUCGAGAUGCUGAAAGGAAUGCUUGCGCUUGAUCCUGAAAAACGGAUGACACCCAGUCAAGUGCUGGAGCAUGACUUCACAAAAAUGGUGCACAUAACGUGCUUGUACCACUACAGCUCCCAUGUAAAAUCCUGCUUUCAGAAGAUGGCCAUCUGUCAGAUGGUGACUUCAAAUAGUCGUGCAGCUUUGUGUGGGUCUUUGCAGCAAACCUGCUCCCGAACUAGCCAACCUGCCCGGCAAUGUCCUCCUCGCCCUCCAACUGAGCGUGGUACCUCAACGGAGCUCUGCUGCCCUUCCUCCAGCACCAGCAAACCUGCCCGGCAAAGUCCUCCUCACCCUCCAGCUGAGCAUGGCACCUCAACAGAGCCCCACUGCCCUCCCUCCAGCACCAGCCAACCUGCCCAGGAAAAUCAUCCUCACCCUUCAACUGAGCAUGGUACCUCAGCAGAGCCCCACUGCCCUCCCUCCAGCACCAGCCAACCUGCCCUGGAAUUUCAUCCUCACCCUUCAACUGAGCAUGGUACCUCAACGGAGCCCCGCUGCCCUCCCUCCAACCCCAGCCAACCUGCCCAGCAAUGUCCUCCUCUCCCUCCAGCUGAGCAUGGCACCUCAACAGAGCCCCACUGCCCUUCCUCCAGCACCAGCAAACCUGCCCAGGAAAAUCAUCCUCAGCCUUCAGCUGAGCAUGGCACCUCAAUGGAGCCCCACUGCCCUUCCUCCAACACCAGCCAACCUGCCCAGCAAAGUCCUCCUUGCCCUCCAUCUGAGCAUGGCACCUCAACAGAGCCCCACUGCCCUUCCUCCAAUACUAGCAAACCUGCCCAGCAAUGUCCUCCUGAUUGUCCAGCUGAGGGAGGCACCCAAGUGAGGCGUCAUUGUCCGUACUCCAGGACCACAUGCCCUGCCCAGCAAUAUCGUCCUCACCCUCCAGUUGAGCGCCACUGCCUUUACUUCAGAACCACCCGCUCUGGCCAGAAAUAUUGUCCUUGUCUUCCAGCUGUGCACCUCUACCUUUACUUCAGGACCACCCAAUCUGCACUGCAAGGUCAUCUUCACCCUCCAGCUGUCCGCCUCUACCUUUCCUUCAGGACCACCCGCCCUGGCCAGAAAUAUCGUCUUAGCCCUCCAGCAGUGCACCUCUACCUUUACUGCAGGACCACCUGCACUGCACAUCAAUAUCAUCGUCGCCCUCCAGCUCUCCGCCUCUACCUUUACUUCAGGACCACCCAAUCUGCACUGCAAGGUCAUCUUCACCCUCCAGCUGUCCGCCUUUACUUCAGGACCACCCGCCCUGGCCAGAAAUAUUAUCUUCGCCCUCCAGCUGUGCACCUUUACCUUUACUUCAGGAGCACUCGCCCUGCGCAGCGCCUUAACAGAGAGCCACUGUGUACGGAUGAAUACUACUAA